AUUGCAACUCUGAGUCCAGCAGACAUAAACUACAAUGAGACAUUAUCCACACUCCAAUUUGCUGAGAGAGCAAAGGAAGUGAAGACAACAGCUGUGAUUAAUGAAAGUUCAACAGAAAAGCUUGUCCGGGAAUUGAAGGAAGAAAUUGAGAGACUGAAAAAGUUACUGAGUAAUGCUAACUCUACACCAGAUGAUGAGGAUAUGAAAAAACAAGUGGAGGAACAAAUGGCAGCCACAAAAAGAGAGCUAAAUGAUAUGGAAACAUCAUAUGACCAGAGAACUAAAGUAGCACAAACAGAGCUGUUGGUAAAACUUGCUGCUGAGAAAAAGAAAGCAGAAGACAGAAAGGUGAUUCCACAUUUCUGGAAUUUGAGUGAAGAUCCAGCAUUAACUGGAAUGCUGAUUCAUUUUUGUAGAGAAGGUACAGUCACAAUUGGAAACAAGAAUGCCGUUCCUGUGCCAGACAUUAUAAUGAAUGGCCUAAGCAUUCAGAAAGAGCACGCUUCAGUAACAAAUCAAAAAGGAGUAGUAACUCUAAAGUCACUCUUCAAUACCAAGAUCUUUAUCAAUGGAAAGGCGUUAAAUGAAAGCCAGGAGCUGCAUCACAAUGAUAGAGUUCUGUUUGGACCCAACCACUUGUAUGUAUUUCACCAUCCCCAAGAUGAAACUAAAUUGAAAAAAGCAGGAGAAUCUGUAGAACAGCCAACAUAUGACAGUGCUCAAGAAGAGCUAGCUAAAGAGUUAGGUCUAAUGACUGACAGUUCUGCAAUGUCUAAAGAGGAUCUAAUUCUCCAAGACUAUCUAAUUGAACUACUUCCAAAAGUUAAUGAAGCUAAUGCGAUGUCCGAGGAGCUGGGCAAAAAAGUGAAGUUUGAGAUCUGUCUCAUAUCACCUCAGGCUCGGGGACUUCGAGAUGGAUUGACAGAGGUGAUGGUCAAAAUGAAUAUGGAAAAUGGAAACAGGUGGCUGUUAAACCGCAAUACUUUCAUAGAUAAGAAGUAUCUGAUGGAGGAAAUGUAUCAGAAUUAUAUACAAGGAGAUCCAAACUGGGAUUUACCAAAGGAGAAAGACCCCUUCUGGCAGUCACACAAAACUCCUGUGCUUGUAGGCACUGCUCACGUUUACCUGAAAUCAGUCGCUCACCUUGUUGACAUGGAUGACAGCUUGAUCAUUAUGGAUUUUAAAGGCAAAGAAGCAGGUCAUCUGCUGAUUGAACUUAUUCCUUGUGAUGCAAAGUGGAAUGUGCUAAAAUCUGAUUUUUAUCUUGAUGAUCCUAAUGAACUGAUGGGGCAACCAUUAUAUUUAAAGUUCAGAAUCAAAGGAGCAAGAGGAAUUCCAGCAAACUUUCACACUACCAAUUGUUCAUACAAGUUUUAUCUGGAUGAUAAGCCUACUAAAACCAAGGAAAUUAAAGGCACAAUCAACCCAGAUUAUGAUCACGACAGACAAAUCAGCUUCAAUUCUGUUACACAACAGCUGCUUGAUUACCUCAGCAAAGAAUCUGUAACAGUUGAAGUGUGGGGUCAACAGAAAGAGGAAAUUAUUAGACCAAAGACAGAGAACUCAAAUACUGUACGUCUGACCAGAAAAAGUGCUAAGCUGAAG